UAUUCACACAGAGUCGACAGACUAAAUACGUAAAUUUACAAAGCUCGACAGUGCGUUCAUUUUUAAUUAUUUUAUUUUAACUGUGACGUUAAUGUUGUGUGUUUUUUUUUGUUUUCCGAUUGUUUUAUCUCCUACUCAUCGAGUUGCGUACGAGCAGUAUUGUAUGGACCACAGAGAGAGCUGUUUGUGUUUGUGUCGUAAAGUGAUACCUGCCUAAGUUGAUUAAUACGGUGAUGAGGCAAAUAUAUUAAUCUUGUACCUAUAUUUGUGUGUCGAACGAAUAUAAAGUAAACAUUCGUAAUCAAUAGGUAUUAAAUGCACCUGUAGGAUAAAGAAUUUGAAAUUUAUAAAUUAAAACGAGUAAUAUUAAUAGUAAUCAUGGAUUACCUAAGUGGUUGGUGUAAAAGUCAGCAACGGUUGGAUGGCUGCACGGUCAUCGUGACUGGCAGCAACACUGGUAUUGGCAAAGAAGCUGUUUUGGAUUUCUACAAGAGGGGAGGUCACAUCAUAAUGGCUUGCCGGAAUUUGGACAAGGCAAAGGUGGCUAAAGAAGACAUAGAGGAGCAGUGCAAGGGACAGGAAGGCACGGGCUCCCUCGUGGUGGAGCACCUCGACCUGUGCCGGCUGGAAAGUGUGCGCGAGUUCGCGCGGCGCGUGUCGGCGCGCGAGCGCAGCCUGCGCGCGCUGCUGUGCAACGCGGGCGUCAUGAUGUGCCCGCUGGCGCGCACGGAGGACGGCUUCGAGACACACAUCGGAUCCAACCACCUCGCGCAUGCGCUGCUCGCGCUGCUACUGCUGCCGCUUCUCAUUCGGGAAAAGCACUCUAGGGUUGUCUUUGUUUCAUCAUACGUACAUGCAAAACACAAAUUAGACUUGGAUGAUUUGAAUUUUGAGAAGAAACCCUACAAUGCCUUCGAAGCCUACUGCAGAAGUAAAUCUGCGAAUAUUUUAUUUUCCAGAGCUCUUGCUGAUAAAUUAAAGGAACACAACAUAGAAAAUGUGACGACGUAUAGUUUGCACCCUGGCGUCAUUCGCACAGAGAUCAGUCGGCACUUCGAUGAGACCGUUUGGUACGGCGCGUCAUGGCUGUUCAAUAAUGUGCUCGGUCUCUUCUUGAAGUCACCGCAAUGUGGUGCUCAGACCUCCAUAUACUGCGCUAUAGAUGAAUCCUGUGCUGAUGAAAGUGGGCGUUACUACAGCGAUUGUGCGGUGACUCAGCCGUCGAAGCAGUGUCAAGAUGAAGCUCAAGCUGCUAAACUAUGGGACCUUACAAUUGAGGCUCUUAAACUGGACCUGGAUAAAUUCAAUCCUUUUGAUCCUAAUUCUCAUAUUAAUUGAAGUACCCAAUAGUAUUAAGUACCUACAUGAAUGAAUAAGAGACUGGCAAGUUGCAUCUGGCGAGUUUGAUUAGAGUAGGUACGUAAGUCCUCAUUUACAGAGUGGCUGGCGGUGCGUUGCGUGCUUGUCGUACCUACAUUAUAGCAGGAGGUCGCGUCAUUGUCCGCGAAAACACUAACAUGCGAGCAAUGUACCACGACGACGACGAACGCACGAAGACAUCUCAUCUCGCACGCGUCACGCCCCAUCUCCGUAGACGACGCCUAUAUGAAUUAGACGGGAUUUGUGUAGUAGGUACCUACUCAGUCUAGUUCAAGAUACGUUCAAAUAAGUCUAAUCAGCGGAAUUCUCUAAUGUUGUAAAAUAAUAGGUAAUAAAUGA